GGACUGGACCCGGAUAUUUUUCGCCUUCCCCCUCCUCCCUCCCUAUCUCCAACACCGCAGCCGCUCGCGUCCCCUCCUCUUCUGGUCCUCGAGCGAGCAGUGCCAAUGGCGGGCGCUGGUUGCCAUUCGCUCCUCUCGCCGGCCUCACCACUCUCGCCUGCGCUCUUCUCGCGACACCGAGCGGCCGCCGUCGGCGGAGCAGCCUGCCGGGCGGGUAAUAAAGUGCAAUCGCAGAUCAGGUGUCUUGCCAAGGAUGAGGAUUCAAAGGGAUGCGCAGACAUGUCCAAGGGCAAGACUGAUGAAGAAACUACACCCUCAUCAAGACGAAAAUGCCUUGUCUGUCUUGGUGCUGUUACCUUAAUUAGUGCAACAGGACCAACACUUUGUACACCAAACGGACUCGCUGCAGAUAUGAACAAGCCUGGGAUACAGAAAGCUGUUUGCAGGAACUGUAAUGGUAGCGGUGCUGUCAUAUGUGACAUGUGUGGUGGCACAGGAAAAUGGAAGGCCCUCAAUCGAAAGAGGGCAAAAGAUGUUUAUGAAUUCACAGAGUGCCCAAAUUGCUACGGCCGUGGGAAGUUGGUAUGCCCUGUCUGUCUUGGAACUGGCCUGCCAAACAAUAAGGGACUCCUACGACGCCCAGAAGCCAAGCAGCUGCUUGACAAGAUGUACAACGGCAAGAUACUGCCAAGGUCGUAGCUCACUCUUCAGUCUUCACCACGCCAAGGAUUUUGUUUGUAAGUAGGAAUGACAUUUGAUGAUUUGAAUCAACGUAGCCCAAGUAGAGUGUAAAAUUUUUGUUAGCCGUUCAACAAAGAUUAUAUACACACAUAUGUAUGUUUGUAAUGACCUUUUCUAAUCUAUAUAUACCAGAAAGUCAAAGCAA